AUGGCCCCAAUGGCGAAUAGUACCUCCAAGGAAGCGACUGUGGAAGACGUGCCCGAUGAAACGGACGUCGCAAAUCCCGAUUCCUGGGCUGAGACGCUGUCCCAGCAUGAGUCCUGCCUUGCUUCGCACUUGGAUCUCGUCAAUUCGCUGAAAGCCUGCGUUGGACAGAACGAUAAUGCGGCUCAAACAAUAUCUUCGAUCAUCAACAGCACAAAGAAACUGAUGGAGCAAUGUGCCAUGAUCAGGAAGCAAUUCAUCUCUCUAAGCGGUAAUCGGAACACUCACGCGGACGACCAAGAGAAAGAUCCCCACGAGCGACCUAGACGGAAGCUGAAGGCCAUGAAAACGCGAAAAGGUCCAACUCGAAGCGCAGGCAAAGCAUCCGCGACGACAAGCGAUUCAGAGGCGCAAAAUCGAAACGGGCGACCGUCGCCUUUCACUACAAGCUCUGGAGAUACAUCGGGUUCCGUGCCAGAGAAGCUAUGGCCGGGUGAGAAGCGAACCUGGACGGAGGAGGAUUCAGAGGCGCCGGAAACCGCGGAUCAUUUGCAGAAGCGCCAGAGGACGAAGCGUAAAAUCCCGGGUGCCGAUGAAGACGUCAAGGAUGUCACGCCUGUCGCAAUGCAGACCGAAGAUAUAUCAGACGAGGUGGAACGACGGCUGAAGCUCAAGGAGGAGCGGCGCAAGAAGUGGAACAGCAAGCCGGAGAAGAAGAGAAAGCGAGACAGCACUCCAAGCGGGAUUGUGGAAAAGAAGCCAAAGACAGUGUCUGAAAAUGGUGAUAGCAAGUCGUGA